GUCGUCUCUCCCUCUUUGAUCCCUUUCAACUUCUGCAGACUUCUGUAUCCGUAAAGUCAAGAGAGAAUCGCUGAGAACGACCCGAAUUAUCUUCUCCUUCUGAGACUUUCCCUUCUUCGGAGGAGCGACCAUGGCGAGCCGUGAGGGAGACUUGGAAGAUGCAUCAGCAGCGGACGAAUACCAUCUCCUUCGAGACCGAGGGGACCGGGACGCCAUCGACGAUGCUUCUGACGAUUCUCGGCUCAAGCAGCUCGGUUACAAGCAGGAGCUCCGUCGCAGCCUCUCAGCAAUCGCCAACUUCUCCGUCACUUUCUCCAUAAUAUCGGUGCUGACGGGACUCACCACCACUUAUGGGACGGGGCUCACCUACGGCGGACCCUUGACCCUGAUCUACGGCUGGCCACUCGUGGGCAUGAUGACCAUGCUGGUCGGACUCUCGCUGGCCGAGAUCUGUUCUGCUUUCCCGACCUCCGGCGGCCUCUACUUCUGGAGCGCCAAGCUCUGCGGGGCCGAGUGGGGCCCCCUCGCUUCUUGGUUCACUGGCUGGGUGAUUUCGAAUUUUGCGUUCUCAUUCUCGAUUAUAUCGGUGCUCACUGGCAUAACCACGCUCUACAACAGUGGGCUCCGUUACGGGGGGCCGGCCUCGAUGGUUUACGGGUGGUUCCUUGCUGGUCUUUUCACCAUGUUGGUCGGUUCGUCCAUGGCUGAAAUCUGUUCAGCUUACCCAACCUCUGGGGGCCUCUAUUACUGGAGUGCCAAGCUCGCCGGCCGGAAAUGGGCACCCUUCGCAUCUUGGUUGACUGGCUGGUUCAAUAUUGUUGGUCAGUGGGCGGUCACAGCUAGCAUAGACUUCUCUCUGGCACAGUUGAUUCAGGUUAUUAUUCUCCUCAGCACUGGCGGCAAAAAUGGUGGUGGAUAUGAGGCAUCGAAAUAUGUUGUUAUUGGUUUCCAUGGGGGAAUUCUGCUCCUUCAUGCUAUUAUGAACAGUUUUCCUAUUUCGGUUUUAUCUUUCUUUGGACAGCUAGCUGCCGCUUGGAAUCUUCUAGGUGUUGUUGUUCUCAUGAUUCUCAUCCCCUGUGUUGCGAAGGAAAGGGCUAGUGCCAAGUUUGUUUUCACUUACUUCAACACUGAUAAUGGGGAAGGGAUUGACAGCAGAGUCUAUAUAUUUGUUCUCGGACUUCUAAUGAGUCAGUAUACACUUACUGGGUAUGAUGCAUCUGCUCACAUGACAGAGGAAACCAAGAAUGCUGAUAAGAACGGUCCAAAAGGGAUUAUUAGUUCUAUCGGGAUAUCUAUUAUUUUUGGAUGGGGUUACCUAGUAGGUAUCACCUUUGCAGUGACAAACAUCCCGUAUCUCCUAAGUGAUGAGAACGAUGCUGCUGGAUAUGCAAUUGCCGAAAUAUUCUAUUUAGCAUUCAAAAGCAGAUACGGCAGCGGAGUUGGGGGUAUAAUUUGCCUAGGGAUGGUCGCUGUUGCCAUAUUUUUCUGUGGCAUGAGUUCAGUCACCAGCAAUUCCAGGAUGGCUUAUGCAUUUUCGAGAGAUGGAGCGAUGCCGUUCUCAUCGCUGUGGCAUCAAGUGAAUAAGCAGGAGAUCCCAAUAAAUGCAGUUUGGCUUUCCGCUUUUAUAUCUUUUUGCAUGGCGCUGACCUCUCUCGGAAGCAUUGUAGCUUUCGACGCGAUGGUGUCCAUAGCGACGAUCGGGCUGUACAUUGCUUAUGCCCUCCCGAUUUUCUUCAGGGUGACCUUGGCCCGCAAGACCUUUGUCCCAGGGCCAUUCAACUUGGGUCGGUACGGGGUGGUAGUUGGUUGGACUGCGGUCCUCUGGGUUGCCACCAUCUCGGUUCUCUUCUCAUUGCCCGUGGCCUACCCCAUCACGAAAGAGACACUCAAUUAUACUCCUGUUGCAGUCGGUGGCUUGUUCAUUCUUACGGUUUGUUCUUGGGUCUUCAGCGCUCGGCAUUGGUUUAGAGGUCCCAUAACGAACAUAGAUACUUGAAUUCAGGG